GUAUUUUCGCAGUUCGGCCCCUCAAACAGUCAAAAACUCCUCCGCCUCUCGCAAUGCCGCCGCCCCUCUUCGCCUCCGCCACCGCCACCCGCUUCGCCGCCCACUGGGUCGCCGACGCCCUCGCCAGCGACGAGGCCCUCCACUUCUCCGCCAUCAAGGCGCUGGUGGGCGCCUCGCCGGAUUGCCUCGCUGGCGCCCCGGAGGCAGCGCGGGAGAGGGUGGCGCUCCGGUGCCUGCAGGAGGUCGCCUCCGUCGCGGCCGGGGGCGAUGCCGCGGCGACGGCGGGGGUGCUUAGGGUUGACGCCGCCCGCUCCUGCGAGGACUUGCUGCUUGAGCUCAUAGGAGAGGUCGGAAGUUCAGGAACUUUCGAGAAGGAUAUGCUUCAGCCAUUCAGUCAAGACAUCAAGAACAUUAUAUGUAUCAAGAAACCUACAUUACCAGAAACUUCAUUUGAGUUGCUCAAAGAAGUUGACCCAGAGAUCGCAGCUGUGGCCCCACCAUCCCAAUUGGAGCAGAAUGGCACCAACCAACGUGACGAUGAUCAGUCCUUGUGCAGCAGCCACGAUCAUGUAAAUAUAGAGAGGCCUAGGUUCCCUACAGACAAUGCUGAGCUUCAGCAAGAGACUCCAGCAGAUUUAGUCGAUGGAACAGAAGCAAGAAAUCUCCAAAAGGAUCCAAUCGCACCAACUUCUGUUUUUCACGAACCAUGUACAUCUGACGGUAGGUCUUACGAUCAUGUGCAAGAAGAUGAUAUGGGUGCUGUUGGUUUAGGUGCCAGGUCUCCAGAAAAGAAUCCUAUUGUGGAGGGGAACAUGCCAGUUGGAGCUGUGAAUGCUUCAGCUAGCUGCGAUGCGGCUUUUCAGGGAAGCAUUAGUGAAUCGGUGUCCAAGCAGGAUGCAGAGAAUCAUGCUACCAUUAUUCAACCACAAUCUCGUAGAGAAAAAUCUCCAAAUCCACCCCACCAUAUCGAUGGAGAGAAGCCACAUGAUGGUGGUGCCAACGAUCAGUCAUUGAAGGAUCCCAGCCAUGAAGGGCUGAACACGCGCGCUACUGUAGCUCCAGAUUUUGACAGAAGCAACGAUGCCUUACCAACAAAUGCAUCUGAACCUGGGCACUUGCCUGAGUUCAUUACUGCACAGGAUACAAACAUGAUUUCACAACCUCACAGCAGCAAAACUGAUCUGAGUGCUCUGCAACAUGAAACUGGUGAGAAAGUAAAUCAAGAUCUGGAUGAUGACAGUGCUAAUAUUCGACCAGUGGAAAAGGAUCAUGUUCAUGAGAAGCUGACUCUGCAAGCAGCUAGCUCUUUACCUUCUGUAAGCUGCAAUGAUGCAAUUCAAGGAGGUAAAUCUGAAACCAACCAUCUGCCAGGGAAUGCUACAGAGCAUACUACGGUGUUUGAAGAGCAAAAUGGUGGCAAGUCUCAUCUAGAAGUCAGUGGUGCUGACAAAGUUAAUCAAGCUCUACAUGAUGAUGGCAGCAUCUUGGAAAAGAAUACGGUCCAUGGAGGGCUGAAUGUGCAGACUGCUCCAAUGAGUCAAAACUGCAAUAUAGCCUUACAUGAUAAAAUUUCAGAAGCCAAUUAUUUAUCUGAGCAGAAUACUGGAAAGAACAGAACUGAUGUUCAGAAAGGUAGUUGCAGUACUUCUGUUUCAAACUCUGCUCAGGAUGGAGGUGGAAAAAGUGCAACAAAGACAUCAAACAAGGAAAAUCUUAGGGAUACUUUUACGGAAAUAUCACAUGUCCCUUCCCCAGAUGGUAGUUUCUGUGGCACUGCAGCUGCUGGUCUUCUGUCAAUGACUGACAAAAUGUCGUUCUGGCCCAAGGAUCAAGACACCAAUGAUUCUCUUGGGGCCUUGUCGCAACAAGAUUUGUGCAUAAAAUGUGGUAAAGAUGGUCAGUUGCUGAAAUGUAGCGUCUGCUUGUUAGCCGCUCAUGAUAGCUGUUUCGGUUCAUCGGUGACAUUCGAAGAGACCGACCUGUUCUACUGCCCGGUAUGCUUCUAUACGAAAGCCACUGAAGCAUAUCAAAAGGCAAAGAAAACAUAUUGUGAAGCUAGGAAGAACCUUUCUGCUUUUCUUGGCACAACACAAUUGGUCCGGCAACAUGAUGAGCAACUAACUGGAGUUCUGCCAAGAGCUGCCAACAGAGAGGGGCAUUUGAAUGUGUGUGAUCCAUCAAAAAGGAAAAAUAUCCAUCAAAAUGAAGCAGGUAACCUUGCUCAUCAGGAUGAAGAGCCUGAUCAGCAGCGGAAGAAGCAGAAAAUUUAUGCUACAGGUAAUGGUUGUCCUGAGGAGGUAGUCACUAAGAAGGCAUCCCCUGUUCGGAAUCCUGAUGUUGCACCCAUGAAUAAACAUUCUGUACUCAAGAAUAAUAGUAGCAAACGAGUUCAGGAUGCAGAGCAACAGCCGCAAUUGGAAAGCAAAGAAGCUGACGAAGAAGCUGGUAAUGGCAAUUCAUCCCAUGAAAAAAGUUCAUCCCAGAACAGAUGUGGUCCUUCUGCAUAUCAGGAAGUUGAGGCUGACAAAGAGGAUGGUCCUACAAAUUCUCACCAAUCUGGUGAUUCUGAUGAAAAAGAAGCUACAUCUUCAAAUGACUCUGGCAAGCGAUCAUCACCCCCUUGGCGUAACAUGAGACACAGCAAAGCAAGAUUACAAGAAAAGGAGACAGUGGUAUAUAGUAAAUCUAGAAAAACUGUUGUGCAGCAGGAUCAACACAUGCCUUCCCCAUCAAGAAAAAGAAAUUAUGCACCACACAAGCGUUAUUCCAAUCCUGUUGCACCAUCUGGAAGGCGUUCGAAGCUCUGUUGGACGGAGGAAGAAGAAGCAACUUUGAAGGAAGCAAUGGCGAAGUUCACCCCACAGGAGGAUGGCCCAACUCCAUGGGUUCGGAUACUAGAAUAUGGCAGGGACGUGUUUCACAGGACACGCCUCCCAUCUGACUUGAGGGUCAAGUGGAGGAACAUGAAGAAGAAAGAGGGCUCUUGACGCCGACAAUCCCACAUAUAAUGCAGCCAUUGUGUCAUGUUUAGUCUAACCCUUUCUUCGCCCCUUUGAGCCCAUCCGUUGCCAUCCCCCAUGGAAGAAUGCAAAUAUUGUGUGCUUACUCGCUGCAAGUAGGCAUGCAAAGUUUCUUCCAAGAACAAUGUUGUUUGCGUAUUAUAGUGAAAUAUGUAGCAUGAAUCAUCUGUCAACUAUGGGACUUCAUUUCUGUGUUGUGGGGGUGGUAGGGAUAUGUAAAGAAACUGUACAUAGUUGCACAAGUAGCUUACUGGUACCUUCGAUCCCAUGCCACACUUGUCCGAAAUUGGGGGGUUAUUGUAAAAUGAAAUGAAAUGAAAUGUUUGUCCUUCGCUGAAGAGUUAAAGAGGAACCCUGCCAAAUAUUAUGUGCACUGGCA